CGGACCCGAAGGCAAAGUGACACAGUGAGGUGACUGGGGUGUCGGAGUUGUCAUCAUCAGUUUGUUUGACGGAAAAUUGCGGGCCAGGCUGGAAAAGGAUAAUAGUGAUCAGUUCUUCACGAGCGCAUUAUUUUUUCUCUAGUUUCUCUUCUUCCACACUUUUCUCAUGGCCUCUCAAACACAACGCAAAGUCCCUGUUGCUCAUACCAUCACCAACAUCGGGGGCACUCCCCCACAAGAAGCUAUGGUCGACAAGAUUGUCCAAGCAUUCACCAUUACCCCAGAGUAUCUAGAGCAGAUCACUCAACAUUUCUUGAGUGAAAUGCGCAAGGGUUUGAAUCAAGAAGAUCAGACUAUUGCUAUGAUCCCUUCGUUCGUGGAAGGACGCUUAACAGGUGAAGAAAUUGGCCAGUUUUUGGCCUUGGACUUGGGUGGCACCAAUUUGCGCGUAGUACUGGUCGACCUUCAAGGCCGCGGGAACUUCACUACCAAGAGUACCAAAUACAAAGUCAGCGAGCAUUUGAAGACGGGAGAUGUCAAGGAACUUUACAACUUCAUUGCCGACUGCAUCGAUUCAUUCUUGACAGAACAUAACCUGGAUUAUGGUACAGCCGAUAUUCAUCUUGGUUAUACCUUUUCAUUCCCCGUCUACCAAUCCAAGAUCAACCGCGGACUUCAAAAGCAAUGGACAAAGGGUUUCAACUGCUCCGGCGCUAUUGGCAAGGACCCUGUUAUUUUGUUGCAAGAUGCUCUGGCUAAGAAGCACGUCCCUGUGCUCGUAUCUGCCUUGGUCAACGAUACCGUGGGUACCCUUUUGUCCAACGCCUACUCUAAGCCUGAGACCAAUGCCGGUAUCAUCUUGGGUACUGGUUCCAAUGGAGCUUACAUAGAAAAGAUGAGCAACAUCCGAAAGUGGACAGGCGGAGCUACCAGCAGCGACGAAAUGAUCAUUAAUAUGGAGUUUGGUGCUUUUGACAAUGAACGCGUUAUCUUGCCAGUCACUCCAUGGGACAACAAACUUGACCGUGAAUCCAUCAACCCUCACAAGCAAAUCUUCGAAAAGAUGAUUUCCGGAAUGUACCUUGGUGAGAUUGCUCGUAACGUCCUGUUGGAAUUGGUCGACCGCACCUUGUUGUUCGAGGGCUAUUCGUCCAAGGAGCUCAACAGCCAAUGGGGCUUCGAAACCACGUAUAUGUCUACCAUUGAAGCCGACCAAGGCGAUUCAUUGAAAAACACGCACCGUGUUUUGGCAUCUAGCUUGAAUAUUCCCAAUGUGUCAGAGGUCGACUGUCGUAUCGUCAAGCGGGUAUGCGACCUUGUCGGUACUCGUGCAGCUCGUCUGGCUGCCGCUGCCAUUGCUGGUAUCGUUCGUCAAAGCUCUUCUGUUCAGGAUGGUUGUGACAUUGGUAUUGACGGUUCAUUAUACGAGUUCUAUCCCUCGUUCGAACAACGAAUUGAACAGGGUCUGACUGAACUCUUCCCCGAUGUUCCCGAUAUCAACAAGAAGAUCCGAUUGGGUCUCGCUAAGGAUGGUUCCGGCGUUGGUGCUGCUCUGUGUGCCUGUGUUGCCAAGAAGAUGGCGGAAAGCAAGCCAUCUCAAUAGAAAGAACACUUUUGUGUAGGGAAGAAAGGGCAAGGAAUGAGCCUUUUUUUCCUUUAUUUUUUUUUUGUUCGACACCUUUCUGCCUUGUACUAUGCUUUUUUUGCCACCUCUUUUUUUUUUGUGCAUUUUCUUUUUACCACCAUUAGGCCCCCCUUCACACACACACACCUUUGGCAUUGUACUGCUCUUCUUCUGCUUGUGUUCAUUGUAUUCACCGCAUUAGACUCUUUCGCUAAUAUAUAUAUAUUGUCGCUAAACG